AUAGAGCAAUUAAUAAUAAAAAAAAUGAAUUUCUCAUUGGCAGUUUUAAUAUCAAUAUGAAUAUUUCCCAAUGAACCUACUGCACACACUCUAACUAACUAUAAGCCUUAUGCAACUUAUACUCUAAUUAAUCAUAAUUUAUAUUACGAAGUCGUAACAGGACUGCUGCUAAGAUUGCAGCCUGAAAUAAGAUGUAAGUGCCAAAGGAACUCUUAACUCUUAAAAUUAAGGGUCAAGUGUUAUAAUAGUGUUACACGAUAUACGUAUGUAGAUACAUACACGUAAUUUAAUACCCACUUAAUAUCUACAUGGUUCAAUUCUAAUGAAUUAUCAUAUUCAUAUUGAAUUAUCAUGAAUAAAAUUCUUCGUAUAAUAAUAAAAAAUAGUACAUUAGCAUUAUUUAUUAUAAUUGCACUAAAUGAUUAUACCAAAGGUAAUUUGUGAAGGUGGUUAAAAUCGGUUAUCGUUAGUGACUCAAUUUCGAAAAUCAAAUUGAUAUGGUAAAAAAAUUAUUAUUAAAAUAAAAAGUAUUGCUAAAUAAAAACGAAUUUAUUUUGACCACACGUGCUUUGUGGUUGCACAAAUUUCGUGUUAUAAUAGUUAUAGGGCAGCCGCCAUGUUUUAUUACCAUUCGUACUAUAAUUAUUUGACAGUUGGUAACGUCAAAUGGUUAUCUCUACGCGAGACAAUUUGUCUACAAAAAGAUCGUCAAUUGUUUACGUUCGCUGCCGAGCAACGUUUUGAUUGUUUUCCUAUCCGUCAAUUCACCAAAAUUGGAAAUAAGCAACGAUAAAAUCCUUUAAUAUCCAAAAAAAUGUUUCUUCACGUCCGCAAAGCGACAAACAUGUAUCGGUUGUUACGAUUUCAUGGUAUUUAUCACACGGAGUUAUCACGAAUAUCAGAGAGAUAUCCGUUUAGUCGAUCUUUGGCAAAAGUAACCAAUUACUUGCCGGCCAUCGAGAGACAGGAGUAUUUACAAGACACGAAUAAUGACGUAAUAUGUUCUGCCACGUUGGCUCAACCUCAACCGGAGCAUUCAAUGGAUACACAAAUUAUUCAUUCUUCAUCAGCAAACACGUUGGAUUGCGAUAACGCAGCUGCAACUGCAGAAAUACUGGACGUGCCAAAAGUGCGAGUGACGCCUGAUUUGACAAUGGAGAAGACUGCACUUCCGUUCGAAGAAAUUCCAGGACCCGCUAUACUGAAGCUCUGGGAGAAAUAUUGGAAAUACGUGCCUCUCCUUGGUACGCAACUGUUUUGCAGUCUGCUAAUCAACAGAUUUACCCAGGGUCGAUUAAACUGGAAUAGAAAUAUUACGCCAUUGCAAUAUUUAUUCAACGAGUAUGGUCCUAUUGUUCGAAUUCAUGGACCAAUUGCCGGAAAUAUUGUUAUGAUACAUAGGCCUGAACAUAUAGCUGAGGUGUUCAAACAGGAAGAAGAUUCACCUAUACGAAGUGGUAUCGAUAUUUUGCAACAUUACCAUUUGCACUAUAGAAAAUACAGACUGCCCGGACCAUUCUCUAUGCAAGGCGCAGAAUGGACGGACGUAAAGGUAAAAUUAGAAAAGCCAUUCACUCAACAACUCUCGCAAUACUUCGACCGUCUCGAACUUACUAGCGACGAACUGGUACAGAGAAUUCGCAAAAUUCGAAAUCGACAAGAUGAGGUACCUGGUCAGUUUAUUGAAGAAUUGACGCGUUGGAGUAUGGAGUGUUUUUCCAUAUUGAUGUUCAACAGACGUCUUGGAUUCCUUGAAUCAACCGGAUUAAACGUCGCUUCCGAACCUGCAAGAAUAAUUGAAGCACUAACGACGGCCCACGUGUAUCUGAGUCGUUGCGAAACUGGUUUUCAAGUAUGGCGAUUCUUUGAAACUCCGUUUGCCAAGAAGCUCUUUGGCGCGUGUGACGUUAUCGAUAGUGUUAUUGGAAAGUAUAUUCGACAAGCGCAAAAUAAAGUUCGCCAUCGUACCCUUACACCCCUCGAUGAUAAGGAUACGAUGGCUGAGGAGAGUUCACCGAUUCUUGAAAAAAUUUUAUUCAACGAACGAAUUCAUCCUGAUGACAUUACUACUCUUCUCAUGGACAUGAUCGUUCUCGGAGUUCAAGCUACUAGUAAUUGUCAAGGUUUUCUCCUGUAUUAUCUCGCAAAAAAUCCCCGUGUACAAAGGAAAUUAUUCGAAGAGAUAUAUCCCAUUUUACCCAAUAGAAGUUCCACCUUGAAUGAGGCAACUCUUAAGAGCUUGCCUUACCUUAAAGCUUGUUUACAAGAGUGUCUCAGAUUACGACCAGCCUUCCCUUACAUAACGAGAGUUCUUCCGAAAACUAUCAAUUUACAUGGAUAUACAAUUCCUAAAGGGACGUACCUGAUAAUGGCUAAUCAAAUAGCUGCGCGACGCGAAGAGAAUUUUGAAGAUCCUGAAAAAUUUAAACCAGAAAGAUGGAUGACGAAUAACGACAAUCCAGAAUACAAUCAAGAAUUCAGUUAUCUUCCGUUUGGUCACGGUGUACGAUCUUGCUUAGGAAAAAGUAUGGCUAAAAUGGAAAUGAUGCUUCUAACGGCAAAAUUGAUUCGAGAAUACCGAAUUGAAUAUGAUUAUGCAGAUAUUGGAAGUAGAUACAUGAUGGUAAACGUUCCAAACAGGCCACUUCGCUUUAGAUUCGUCGACCGAGAUUAAUACUACCCAAACUAGUAAUACAAUUAAUGUUAAUGAAUUAAUGACUGAUUUUGUACUCGUGAAAAAAAGAACCCUUAUUACUGUAGGUUAAGAUUUAUUUACUGGAUUAUAAGACAAUUAAAAAAUAAAUAUUCAGAAUAUGUUACGUACCGUUACGUA